CUCUUUACUUCUCCUAGACCUGAGCCUCUGAGUCAAAUUUUCCCCAAAUCUCUCUCACUUGUAAUUUUCUCUCUCUAAGAUUGACCCACCAACAACACAAAUUCUACCCCUUUCUCUCUCUACUCCACCUUCCAUUCUGUCUGCACCAGUCUUCCUAGGGGUUAAUGUUGAGUGAGAUUGAGAUAGUCAUAAUUGACGAUUGUUCAGAUGGAAAAGACACCUAAUUCAGCAUCAAAGGCUCAACAGUUGUAUAACAAGAAUGCUGAGUUGGAUAAGAAGCGGCAGAAGUCACUCCAGGCAAAGAUUCCAUCUGAUCCCAAUGCUUGGUAUCAGAUGCGGGAAAAUUACGAGGCAAUAAUACUUGAAGAUAAUGCUUUUUCUGAAAAACAUAAUGUUGAAUUUUCCCUAUGGCAACUUCAUUACAAGAGAAUUGAGGAAUUUAGAGCACACUUCAGUGCUGCUCAACGAUCAUCUGCUGCAACUACUAAUGGUGGGAGAGCUUCUCAACAAGAAAGAAUAACGAAAAUACGUGUCCAAUUUAAGGCCUUUCUAUCUGAAGCUACUGGUUUCUAUCAUGACCUGAUUCUUAAAAUUAGAGCAAAGUGUGGUCUCCCUUUAGGGCAUUUUACCGAAGAUUCAGACAGUGAAGCUGUUAUGGGAACUGACACUGCAAAAUCAUCUGAUGUAAAAAAAGCAUUGGUAUCGUGUCAUCGUUCUCUCAUCUAUCUAGGUGAUCUUGCACGUUACAAAGGCGUAUAUGGGGAGGGCGAAUCUAGAGCUCGUGAGUUUUCUGCAGCUUCAAGUUACUAUUUGCAAGCUGCAUCUCUUUGGCCAUCCAAUGGGAAUCCACAUCAUCAGCUUGCAAUAUUGUCUACUUACUCAAGUGAUGAACUGGUGGCUGUGUAUCGGUACUUUAGAAGUUUGGCUGCUGAGAUUCCUUUUCCAACUGCAAAAGAUAACUUGGUUAUCGCAUUUGAAAAGAAUCGUCAAAGCUAUACUCAGCUGAUUGAGACAACAAAGACCAAUGGUGACAAAGAAGUUAGUAUCAAGGAAAAAUAUAAGGAAUUCUGUACUCAGUUUGUUCGGCUACAUGGCAUUUUAUUCACUCGGACUAGCCUGGAGACAUUUGCUGCUGUUCUUUCUUCAGUAAGAGGGGCUUUUCACGAGCUUCUUUCUUCUGGAGCAGAGGAAGAGUUGAAUUUCGGCAGAGAUAGUAAUGAGAACGGACUUGCCAUUUUGAGACUCGUGGCUAUCCUUGUAUACACAUUUUUCAACGUGAGUAAGAAAAACGAAGGUCAAUCUUAUGCUGAAAUCUUACAACACAAUCUUCUAUGUGAGAGCGCCCGUUCUGUUACUUUUGAGCUUAUGAGUCUUAUUGUCGAAAGAUCAGUACAACUUCAUGAUCCUUCAUCUAGUUUCCUUUUACCUGGAAUUCUGGUAUUUCUCGAGUGGUUAGCGUGUUGUCCAGAUUUCGCAGCUUGCACCAAUGAUGAUAAAAAACCAAUUGCUGCAAAAUCAUCAUUCUGGAAGAAUUCCAUAGCUUUGCUUAAUAAGCUUCUUGCUAGUCGUCUGGUUACAGUUGAUGACGAUGGGGAUGAAACUUGUUUUACUAACAUGGCUAGGUAUGAUGAAGGGGAAACUGAAAGCCGACUUGCUUUGUCAGAGGAUUUUGAGUUGAGGGGGUUUUCGCCCAUUCUUCCUGCACAGAAUAUUCUAGAUUUUUCUAGAAAGCAGUCAACCGGUGUUGGUGGCAGCACCAAAGAAAAGAGAACUCGGGUCAAAAGAGUCAUUUCUGCAGGUAGAGCUUUGGCUAGUGUAGCAAUGGUUGAUCGAAAAUCCGUGUCCUUCGAUUCAAAGGCGAAACGGUUUGUUAUUGGAGUUCAACCACAAGUUUCUGACAAUAACAAGCCAAACUCCUAUAUGGGGAUAGCCAAAUCACCUUCAACUGAGCAAGUUGUUACAGUGUCAUCUGUUAAUUCUAUGAUAACGAGGGAAAAUGUUCAACAACUAUGUGAAGGAGAUGAUGAUGAUGAAGAGAUUGUUUUCAAACCAGCACUUGUUGAGAAGAAGAAGAUUGAUGCUGCCAUUGAAUCAACAUGGAACUUUCCGGAAGAUUCUAAGCAGGAAAGAAGUACCCCACCUGUAUCAUCCAGUGUGCACUACCCACAGGUUACAACAUCAGAACGUAUCCCGACAUUUGGCAAUGUGGCCCCACAGCAUUUUCCAGUGAGGGAUUUGCCUAAUUCUUCAUCAUGGCUUGUUGAACAACAACAACAAGCUUCUCUUUUAGAUGGGAUGAACAGAUUAAGGUUUACGGAAAACGGCCAUGAAAUGAAUUCCGAAAUGAAAGGAAGCAUGCGUUUUCCGGUAACUGGUUCACGGAUGCCUCCUCAACCACCUGCGAGUUUCAUGGAUCCUGCUUUAGUAUACUCAGACUACAGAAGAGGUCCAGAAGUUAUGAUCUCAUCCAAGAUGGAUUAUGCUGCAUUUCCCGAAAACCCGCCUGAUAAUAUGGGUGUAAAGCAACCGUCGUUUUCUUCAACGGCUUUUAAGAGUCAAGCGGGCCGGCCCGUUAGGCAUCUUGGGCCUCCACCCGGGUUUAGCCAUGUUCCUCCGAAACAUGUUAGCAUGCCGAUGUCUAGUAACGGGUCUUUAGCAGUUGAUGACUAUAGCUGGUUAGAUGGGUAUCACAUGCCACCCUCAGCAAACAGUAUGGGACCGAAUCCUGGUAGUAAUAACAAUGUAUUAAGUCAUAUGAAUAGCUCAAAUGGGAAUAUUGGAAUGCCGUUUCCGGGAAUGCAGGGUUCUGCCGUUCAAUUUCAAGGUGGGAACUUGAAAAGCUAUUCAGAUUACCAGCCUUUUCAAAAUCUGAACCAUAAUAACAUUGGACACAACAAGUUGCUUGAGCAACAGCAUGCUAUGACUGGAAAUCUUCAUCAGUUCACUCCUCAGCCGGAGCAGUACCAAGGACAAUCCCCCUGGACUGGCCAAUAUCGUGUGUGAGAAUUCUUUGACGGUGUUUUGAUGACGUGGAUGGUGAGUGCCGUUCUCUUGUAGUGCCAUCUUAGGGCCCGGAGAUUGAUUUUGGUGAACAUCCUGUCCUGCAUUAUUUUGCCAAGUGCACACCCCAGCUUUUGUACUGCUCUCAAUGUCUUUUCCGUGUACGAGGUGAUGGGUGGUGUUAGGUGUCCAGCAAGGACUAACUGCCAAACUUAUUCUGCAGAUUCCUCUGGUGAGGAACGAUUAAAAAUGGCUACUUUUCCACAAGGUUAAUGAUUUUCUGUCGCCAUCUUUCUCCUUUUUGACCACGAUAUCCCAGGUAGAUUUGGUCACUCACUCACUCAGAUGGAUGACAAGUUACAUACAUAGAAAACUGCUGUUAAUGGAGUCUCAAAGUGGUCAGUGUGUUUGUCCAGUGGUGUGAUGCUCGUCGUAGUUUUCUCGUCAGUUGGAUUGGCUGCUGUUCUCUUUCCCGGAAUGAAAAUGAACGGAAUUUGGAAUUAGCGUUUUCUUUCCCGGAGUUUCUAGGAUACUACUGGCGGUUGUGUUCUGGAGUCGAAAUGCAUUGGAGAGUAUAUACAUGAAGAAAUUAAGCAUAAUGCCCUCUGUUCUCUUAGGGCUUGUUUCUUAAUAGUCAUCAGGGUAAAAACUGAUGACCGUUUCCUUUUAUCGUGUGUUUUUUUUAUGUCGUUUGAACGUAAAUGUUAUUACGUUGUUUGAACCGAAAACGUGUUGUUACGUUGUUUGAACCGAAAACGUGUUGUUACGUUGUUUGAACCGAAAACUAUGUACUUUGUAUUUUAUUUUCUGAAACCUUCUGUUUGUCAAGUUGUUAUCUUAAACUUUCUACCAGAUAUGCAAUAUAACAUUACAGUACA